CCACACAAAAAAAUUAUCUAUCUCCCCAACAACAAUAUCCACCUCUUUUAUCUUUCAUAUAGCCAUGGGACUCAAGAAAAUCAUCUUCACCAUCGCCGUCACCAUGGCUAUAACCAUCACCCUCGGCAUGAACCACAUUGGUCAGCUGGUCGAGAAGAAGCUACCUUCUGACGCCUCUUCAUCUUCCACGGUGGACCUUGGUGACAUGCAAGAAAUCAAGCCAAUGCCUUCCAAGAGGUUGGGCCGCUUCCUCACGGAGGACCACAAGAACCCUAGGGCAGGGGGGUACCACCACUGCUACAAGGACAACCAAAUUUGCUAUGCCUCCAAAGGGUACAACUCCACAUGCUGCAACAAGAAGUGCAUGGACUUGUCCGAGGACAAACACAACUGCGGUGCAUGCAAGAAGAGGUGCAAGUUUACGGAGGAGUGUUGCCAGGGACGGUGCGUCAAUAUAGCAUUUGACAAGAGGCACUGCGGCCGUUGCAACAACCAGUGCCCGCUCGGGGAGUAUUGUGUCUAUGGGAUGUGUAAUUACGCGUAAUUAAGAGAAAGACUACAAUCUUGUUUGUUCGUGAGGUUCGUGAUCAAUUUAUUUAUAAUACAAUAAAUAAGCCACAUUUGAGUGAUUUCUCGCAUACAUAUAUAGUUAUAAUUAAGUACAUUGCAUAUGUUCAUCCAAAUGUAAUGAUCAUAUAAGAAAAUUAAUUUUAAGUA